AUGUCUUCUGGCGCGGCGAACCCCGAGUCGGCGGAAAUUGCUAAGGCCAAUGUCCCGCCCGUCCCAGAGUCUCUCGAUGAAAAGCAACCCCAGCACUUCCACAAAGAUGAAACCCUUCAUACCUCCGACUCUGAUAUUUCAGCUGAUCUCCUCGUUGGCCCGAAUGGGGAGCAAUACCCUACAGACGAGGAGCUGAAGACGCUGAGACGCACCCAAGGUCAUGUUCCGAUGAUAAUCUACACGAUAGGCAUUAUUGAGUGCUGUGAGAGGUUCGCCUACUACGGCACGAUCGUUGUCUUCAACAACUACAUCAACUGGCCUCUACCCGAAGGUUCUAAGACCGGGGCAGGGGGAACCGAUGGUCAGGCCGGUGCUCUGGGUUACGGAACACAAGCUGCCACCGGUCUGACCCUGUUCAGCUCCUUCUUCUCUUAUGUCACACCGAUGCUGGGUGGCUGGCUCGCCGAUACCUACUGGGGUCGCUACAAGACCAUCAAUGUUGCCAUCGGGCUCGCUACGUUUGGGCACAUAAUAAUCCUGAUCUCUGCCAUCCCUGGGGUCAUCGAGAAAUCAACCACGGCUAUGGGCAUCUUCUGCCUUGGCUUGAUCUUUUUCGGCAUGGGGGUUGGCUUUUUCAAGUGCAACAUCUCUCCUCUUGUCGCCGAGCAGUACGAAAUGGAACACCCCCGAGCCGUUGUAUUCACCGAGAAGAGUGGUGAAAGGGUGAUUCAUGAUCCAGUAAUGACUAUCGCUCGCAUCUACAUGCGGUAUUACUUUCUCAUCAAUGUGGGUGCGCUCGCAGGACAGAUUAGUAUGAUCUUUUACCUUGAAAAAUAUGUAGGUUUCUGGCUUGCAUAUCUGUUGCCGACCAUCCUGUUCCUGUUCACGCCCGCCAUCAUGAUCUUCUGCCGGAAGCGUUACGUGAAGCGGCCACCGACUGGCUCGGUUUUAUCUAAGAGUUUCCACCUCCUCGGCUUCGCGCUAAAACGGAACUGGUCAUUCAAUCCAAAGAAGCUCCUCAACAGGGUUCGCAGUGAUGCGUUCUGGGAGAGCGCCAAGCCUAGCAACGUGGCUGUGAAACCUUCCUGGAUGACCUUCGACGAUGCUUGGGUUGACGAGAUCUGCCGCGGCCUCUCAGCCUGUGCGGUCUUCGUAUUCUUGCCGAUAUAUUGGCUGUCGUAUUCGCAGAUGACCAACAACUUGGUGACACAGGCGGGGACUCUGAAGCUCAACGGGCUUCCCAAUGAUUUGGUGCAGAACCUGGAUCCGAUCGCACUCCUGAUCUUGAUUCCUAUCUGUGACAAGUUCGUCUACCCUCUCCUCCUCAGGGCGGGAAUCAGGUUUACUCCGCUCAAGAAAAUCACGGCUGGGUUUGGCGUCGGCAGCGCGUCCAUGGUCGUGGCGGCCCUGAUCCAGCACUACAUCUACGUCAAAUCACCGUGUGGGAAACACGCCACCAACGGCGACUGUAUUGCUGAACGCGGCCCGCCGGACCUGUCAGUCUGGGUGCAAACGCCUGCCUAUGUGCUGAUUGCCUUGGCCGAGAUCUUCACGUCCAUCACGGGCCUGGAAUACGCCUUCACCAAGGCGCCCAAGAACAUGCGUUCGUUCAUCACGGGAUUGUUCUGGUUCACCAACGCCUUCUCGAGCGCGAUUGGUCAAGCCUUCGUCCCUCUAGCGAAGGAUCCCUUAUUUAUCUGGCUGUACGUCAUCAUCGCAUGCCUCAGCUUCGUCGCCAUGUUUGUGUUCUGGUUCACUUUCAAGAAGUUGGAUGCGGAGGAAGAUGCCCUCAACGCCCUCCCCGAGAGCACGUACAAGGGACGCAAAGGGAGCGUCGUCGACGUCGACGUCGAGGCAUUGCGACAAGAGCAAAUCAGACAGGACAAGAUCAGGAAGGCCCAAGGACUGGCUCGUGGGUCGGUAGACGUCUCGAGUAAGUAA